UGCAGCAAUUUGGACCACCAGAGCCAAGUUAUAAUUAUUAUUAAGUAAAUUGUUUUCUUUGUUAUUUUUCAAAAUAUUUUUAAAUAUUGUACAGAAUGGAACAUACUCCAGCUCCAUAUGGACCAAGAUCUGUCUAUGGAUAUGCUUUAUAUAUAGGCUCUAAUAUGCUUCUCCUUUUAUUUCUGGUAUGGGCUAUAAUACCUGACCAAAUUUUGCAUAACUUAGGUUUAACAUAUUGGCCAUCCAAAUAUUGGGCUGUAGCAAUUCCAGUUUGGGCUUUAACUGCUCUUGCUACUUUUGCAUUUAUUAUUUACCCAGCUAUCAAUUUAUCAAUGACUCCAGAUAUAGAUGACAUUAGAACUAUCACGGAUCAACAUUCACGCAGUAAAACAGAAGCUACUCCAAAUGGUAUACCUCCUGUUUAUGAUAUUCCUAUAACAGAAGUUUGCAGAAAGUUGUAUCUACCAAAGAAAAAAAUAACGAGUCUUACCAAAAAUUUAAAUUGAAACUGUAAUUAAAUAACGUGAUAAUUAAA